ACAUUGGAAAGAGUUUCACACUUUCACUUCAUCUUGUUCUUGUUCUGUUGUUCAAUGUUCGGCUUCCAUCGUGCUAUGGCUUCUUCUUCAUCAUCAUCAUCAUCAUCACCAUCUUUGUUUUUCAAGGUAGCGUGGCUCAUCACCCUCCUCGUGUCUCACAUGGGUCUCCAUGUUUUGGGGUUGAAAUCGCCAUUUCACCCGCGAGACGUGCUUCCUCUGCUGCCGAAGCAGGUGUCUUGGCCCAUCCUCAAUUCUCUGCAUAGCGCGGUGGAUAUCCUACCUGUGUUCGUGGGUGCUGCUUCCUCUUCAGAUGAUUCCCUCGAGUGGAAAGGUGCCUGCUUCUACAAGAACAAAGCUUGGAUGGUCUUUCACAACAAAAGCCAAUCUCAAUUUGGUGGUGGAACCCUUCACUUAAAGGUUAGCAAUGCUCAUAGUUGGACGUGCAUGGAUCUUUAUAUUUUUGCUACCCCAUAUCGUGUAACAUGGGAUUAUUAUUUCCUUGCCCGGGAGCAUACACUUGAGUUCAAAGAGUGGGAAGGGAGAGCUGAGUAUGAAUAUGUAAAAAAUCACGGGUUAUCAAUUUUCCUCAUGAAAGCUGGGAUGUUGGGGACCCUUCAAGCUCUUUGGGAGGUCUUCCCUUUAUUUACAAAUACUGGAUGGGGAGAGAAAUCCAAUAUUGGAUUUUUGGAGAAACAUAUGGGAGCUACUUUUGUGGAACGCCCUCAGCCUUGGGUUACAAAUGUCAGUGUUGAUGACAUUCAUUCCGGAGAUUUCCUUGCUGUUUCAAAAAUUCGAGGUCGCUGGGGUGCUUUUGAGACUCUAGAGAAGUGGGUUAGUGGAGCUUAUGCUGGUCAUACUGCUGUUUGCUUAAGGGAUUCAGAUGGAAAGCUCUGGGUUGGGGAGUCAGGACAUGAAGAUGAAAAGGGGGAAGAUAUAAUUGCCUUGGUACCAUGGGAUGAGUGGUGGGACUUUGAAGUGAAUAAAGAUGAUUCCAAUCCCCAUAUUGCACUGCUUCCUUUGCACCCUGACAUGCGUGCUAGGUUUAAUGAAACUGCUGCAUGGGAGUAUGCGCUGAGCAUGGCAGGAAAACCAUAUGGUUACCAUAACAUGAUCUUCAGUUGGAUAGACACUUUAAAUGGGAACUAUCCACCCCCCUUGGAUGCUAAUGUGGUUGCUUGUGUUAUGACAAUUUGGAGUCAACUCCAACCUGAAUAUGCUGCAAACAUGUGGAAUGAGGCCUUGAACAAACGACUUGGAACUAAAGGACUUGACCUUUCAGAAGUUUUAGUAGAAGUUGAAAAGCGUGGAUCAUCUUUUGAUGAACUGCUAGCAAUUCCAGAACAGGAUGACUGGGUCUACAGUGAUGGGAAGUCAACUUCUUGCAUUGCUUUUAUACUUGAGAUGUACAAGGAGGCAGGAUUGUUUGAUCCAAUUGCUAGUUCUGUUCAAGUGACAGAGUUUACGAUAAAAGAUGCUUACAUUCUCAAUUUUUUUGAGAACAAUUCUAGUCGCUUGCCAAAAUGGUGCAAUGAUGGAGACACGGUGAAGCUUCCUUAUUGUCAGAUUAAAGGCAAGUAUCGAAUGGAGUUACCUGGAUACAACACCAUGCAACCAUAUCCUCAUAUGAAUGAAAGGUGCCCAUCUCUUCCCCCAAAGUACUCAAGAGCCAGGAAUUGCUAGCAGUCUUCAAUUUUUUAAUCGAUCCUACGGCUGAUAGCUUCACCAGAAUUUUUCGUCCUCUUGAUUUUUGAAUUGUUUAGGAGAUGCCAAAUGAAUGAUUGAUGUUGUUUAUAUCUAUUUGAUUUUUUAGAAGAAGUUCAUGUAAUUUGUAUUAUCUUUGUAGCUAGAUUGAACGUAAUGUAAAUAUAUGGGACUUGAAUAUCUGUAUAUGAUACAUAAUUAAUUUGAAUAUCUGUAUCAUAUGAAACAUCUAUUCCAAGUCUUGCAUCUCCAAUUUUGUCUUCAAUGAGUCUGGCAACAUUGAAUUCAAAACUUGAAAAAUUUUGUACUAUAAAACCACUCCCGUAACGAG